AAGAGAGCAGAGCACAGAGAGAGACUGACAGAGGGGCGACCACAACAGAGAUGAGUAGGACGGACAAAGACAAGCCUUGGCCACCCUGUCACCGGAACUGCACCACUGUCGCAAAGGACAUCAAAAGGUGUGCAUGAGAAUAAAUGCUGUGAGAUUGAGAAGAGAGCAGCAGGAAGACACACUCCUGACGAGAGGAUCACAUUGGUCAGUGCAAGGGUCAACAACACUACUGACUACUGCCAGGGAGCCAGAACUUUCUAAGGCUACAGAUGAACUGACAGAAUUUAAAUUUAAAUAACCUUUGGAUUAAGGGGUCCAGAGAUCACAGUCAUUUUGUCUUAUUGUUGCAUCAGCUCAUCCAUAGACAACCACAGAGGGCAUAAAAUAGAGAGCUGCAGAUUGUUUUUUCCAUGGCGAGCAUUUGGGUCUCUCAACUGGGAACCAUCUGCAGCUCCAAGACUGUGCUCUUGCUGUUUUCCGUCCUGCUCUUUCAGGGGCCUCUCUGUGGUGAGAGCAGCCCCAUCUCCAGCACCCAUCAGAGGCAUCGCCCCGCUCCUGGACUGGGAGACGGGCAUGGAGGGGUGGUGGAUCCGUCACUGCUGGAGCAGGACAGCAACAUGAAUAUGCAGAGCAUGCUGGAGAGCCUAAAGGAACAGUUUCUGCGGACUUUCAACCUAUCGGGCUUGGGUCCUCCGCUGCCUCCUGGAAGCACACGAGAGGAGCCACCUGAAUACAUGAUGGAGCUCUAUAACCGCUUUGCUAAUGACCACACUGCCAUGCCCUCUGCCAACAUCAUCCGCAGCUUCAAAAAUGAAGAUUCAUCACCCAGUUUUGUGGGUGUUGGAGAAGUGAGGCGUCACCCUCUCCUCUUCAAUUUGUCAGUUCCCCAUCAUGAACGCAUCACAGCAGGCGAGCUUCGCCUCUACACACUUGUCCAGACUGACCGCCAUCUCUAUGCUGGUGUCGACCGCAAGGUCACAAUCUAUGAACUGGAAUCACAUGACCUAGAUGACAACGUGACUGAUGAGAACACCGUGAGAGGAGAUGGAUUCAGAGGGGGAGGGGAGCGGAUGGAGCUGGUGGAGCUGGCUUCACGCCAGGUCUACGGUACUGAUAAUGGUUGGGAGGCCUUUGACAUCACUGCUGCUGUUCUACGCUGGCGCAAAUCUGACCAUGGCACCACACACCGGUUGGAAGUGCACAUUGCCAGUAUGGCUAAUGAUAAUGUUCAAGGUGUGACAGAAGACUACCACAACAGGAAUCCACCUGAAGGAGACAUGAAGAUUGACACCAGUACUGAGGAAAAACACAAACCCUUGCUAAUUGUUUUCUCUGAUGACCAAAGCAGUGAUCAUCGUGAUGACAAGCGUGAGCUGAAUGAGAUGAUUGACCACGAAACCUCUAACAUGGUUCUGCGGAAUGACUUAGGGACGGGCCUGUGGAGUGAACUGGGGAGGGAUAGGGAGGAGGGAGAUGAAGAUUCUGAGCCAGAUGAAGAGGACCUUAUCCAAAUGCGCUCCAAUCUGAUCUAUGACACAGCAUCCCGCAUUCGUCGUAAUGCCAAAGGCAACCACUGCAAAAAGCAAUCUCUAUACGUAGAGUUCAAAGAUAUCGGAUGGGACAGUUGGAUCCUGGCACCCACUGGUUAUGAUGCCUUUGAAUGCACUGGCAUUUGCUCCUUCCCACUGACAAAGCAUGUCACACCCACCAAGCAUGCCAUUGUCCAGACAUUGGUCAACAUCAACAGUCCUCAAAAGGCAGCACGAGCGUGUUGUGUGCCCACCAAGCUGGACCCCAUCUCCCUGCUCUACCUGGAUGACACAGGUGUGGUGACCUACAAGUACAAGUUUGAAGGCAUGGUGGUGGCUGAGUGUGGCUGCAGAUAGUCCGUGCUUUGAAAGCGUUUAACUCUUCGUAAAGUCUUACAGGAGGAGGAAAGAAACUGAACUAACAUUAAGCUGGAAAAGCCAAGAAUGUCUUCAACAAAGGGACAACUGUUGGAAUCUCUGUAAGGGUUACUCUGAAACUAUACGCACUCCAAAUGAAUGAGUGUGGACAAAUAUGUGUUUCAAAUGGCAAAACUGAAACAAGUACUUCAUCUUACACAGCCAAAAUCAUGAAUAUCAGUUGCCAUCAUUUAGACAGUGUAGAGACAAUGUGCCGCAGAUCUACAGUAAACAUGUUGCUAAUACUGAUACCAACAACAAUAAAAAGACACAAAAUUUCCCUAAGGAACAAACCAAGCACAUCCUACAGUGUGUGCAGCCUGGUGGGAACUAGUGGGCCAGCCAUCCCCCUCCCUCUUCUUCUCCCCGACAUCUGUCUUCCUCUAAACUUAUCUCUGGCCUCCCCACUAGAUGCAAACACUAAUCAGCACUUCAUGUGUCCUGGUGCAGUGAAAUGACCUCUCUGAGGCAACCUGACAAGACAUGCACUCUGUAGGCCAACCCCCUGCCUCCUGCAGCCUCCUGAUAUGUAGGUGCCUUGCGGGGGUACUGGUGGCAGGGUUAUCUUUCCCAACCCUGUUUCCCACUUCACAUGCCUCUUUUCCACUCCCCCGAGCUACAGCGAUAGCAAGGUGUUGGGGGCUGAGAAACAUGUAUGCCACCGCUCAGACUUGGAGAACUGGACGCCAUUCUGGGCAUCUUUUCUGGUGCUGGUGGG